CCAUUUGCAGACAGGUACACCUACCGCCCCUUUUAUUGUCCCACGCUCAGCGCCGGGCUGUAGUGUUGACUGAGUCACGGCAGCAAAAUGCAGGAAAACGGGUCAGAAAAACAGCGUUAGUGGAGUUUGGAUGAUUUCUGCAUGGUAGAAGGUCGUGUCUGAUGAUACAGCGAUGAUGUAACAGCAUGAGCGGAUGCACUACUUCUUUAUCCGUGACCACCGCAAUCCGCGCAUUCGUGUUACACAACCAGCGCACCAAGAGAUGCUUCCGUUUCGUGCUUUCAUACAUUAUGAGCAUGAACAGCACCGCGCUCUGGUACCCAGGCCUGCAGCGCUCACAGCAGAGCGCAUCAUCAUCAUCAUCAUCAUCAUGAGGACUGGACUCUUUGAUUAUUGUCCGGUGAGACGGAGAAAAGUUCUUCACUUCAGUUCAAGCGCAGCAGAAGAAAGCAACGAGCUGUUGACAUGACAACAGACGAGGCAGAAAGUCACCAGAAAAAGCCGAGGCAGCAGGAGGAAGCUGGCCAGGGCGCCAGACCUCCCACUCCAGAGGACGACCAGCUCCGACCUCAAAACCACAACCCUGCUGGCCGCGGUCUCACACGCCUCUUUUCUUCCCUCCUGAAAAGGCGUUCACAGUGUGAGAGCGAGGGUGGAGAAAAGGAGGACAAGGAGGAAGAAGCUAAAGCACCCAUCGCUGACCCCGAACCUGAACUAAAAACAGAGGGCGAGGUCGCCCUUGACCAGCACUCAGUAAGCAGCGCUGAGGCUCAGGCUACCCAGGUAGAGAAGAAAGAGACUGACGAGGACAAGGUUGGAAAAGACAAGGAGAAACACGAGGACAAGGAAGGGGAGGUUACCAUGGAGAAAGAAGAGGAGAAGGACAAAGAGAAAAAGGAGGAGGAGUCUGGCCCUGAAGAAGGCAGUAGGGGAGAAAAGGACGAGAAAACAGCAGAAGAAGAAGCCAAAGCUCCCAGAGCGCCGCGCCGACCCAAGACCAUGCAGAUCAAAGUCACACUGCUGGACGACACUCAGUACGAGUGUGAGCUGGACAAACACGCUAAAGGCCAGGAGCUGUUCAUGAAAGUGUGUGACCACCUGAACCUGCUGGAAAAAGACUACUACGGCCUGGCAAUCUGGGAAACUCCCACUAUGAAGACUUGGAUGGACCUGACCAAAGAGAUCCGCAGGCAGGUACAAGGUGCCAACUAUAAUUUCACUUUCAAUGUAAAAUUCUAUCCACCGGACCCAGCCCAGCUAUCAGAAGACAUCACCAGAUACUAUCUUUGUCUCCAGCUGCGAAAGGACAUCCUCCAGGGCCGCCUUCCCUGCUCCUUCGUUACUUUGGCUCUGCUGGGCUCCUACGCUUUGCAGUCAGAACUUGGUGAAUAUGACCCUGAAGUGCACGGCAGUGAAUAUGCUAAAGAAAUGAAAAUGGCCCAAGGUCAAACCAAGGAGCUGGAGGACAAAAUGAUGGAGCUGCACCGCACAUACAGAUCCAUGAGCCCGGCGCAGGCAGAUCUGAUGUUCCUGGAGAAUGCCAAGAAACUUUCCAUGUAUGGAGUGGACCUCCACCAGGCCAAGGAUCUGGAUGGAGUUGACAUCAUACUGGGGGUGUGUGCCAGUGGUCUGAUGGUUUACAAAGAUAAACUGAGGAUCAACCGUUUCCCCUGGCCCAAAGUCCUCAAAGUCUCAUACAAACGAAGCAGCUUCUUCAUCAAAAUAAGACCAUCCGAGGUGGAACAUUAUGAGAGUGCCAUUGGAUUCAAGCUUCCCAACUACAAGGCAGCCAAAAAGCUGUGGAAAGUGUGUGUCGAACAUCACACCUUCUUCAGGCUGACCUCCUCUGAGAUGGCCACCACCCCAAGGAAGUUCCUAGCAUUGGGCUCGAAGUUUCGUUACAGCGGUCGGACUCAGGCGCAGACCAGACAGGCUAGCUCUCUGAUUGACAGACCAGCUCCCCUUUUCCAGCGCUCCUCCAGCAAGAGGAACUCUCGCAGUCUGGAUGGAGCAAUGGUGUCGACUCCCGACAACAAGUCCAGUCGUCCUGUCAGUGCCCCUGUUAUGUCACCAGUGUCACCUGGGGAGGCCACCCCGUCACCCCUGCUACCCACCCUGCCUCGUUCUGACCACCACGAUGUCUCCACGCCCAGAGGACACCGAUAUUCCAGCAGAAAGGCAGAGCUACUGGCACAAUGCCUGACAAGUGACAGCGUCAAGAGCCACAGUGCCAAGUCUACUCCAGAGAUUAAGACGGUGGGCAGGAGAGAGCGGAGGCAUGCCCCGUCUUUGGCCAUCACUAAUGGGGAAAAAGAACGAAAAAGCCAGCACUCUCUUCAGGACAGAAAGAUGGAGAUGGUUCGAGUGAGGAAGAAAAGAUCAAAGAAACUUGAGGGUGAAACAAUUUAUAUCAGACAUAGCAAUUUAAUGUUGGAGUUUAACCCUAAAGGGUUGGCAUGCACCAUUUUCCUGUCUGACUCUCAUGACCUGGAUAAGACCCAGACUGAAAUUAUGCGGCACCAUACCAGCAUCAGCGAGCUGAAAAGGAGUUUCAUGGAGUCUGUACCGGAGUCUCGGCCCAGCGAGUGGGAUAAGCGUCUUUCCACCAACUCUCCUUUCCGCACAGCGAGCAUCAACGGUCAGCUCCAACCAGCAUCUCCUGUGCUAAAGACCCAGACAAUCACCAUCUCAGAUGUUACCAAUUCUGUAAGAGGAACUGCAGCCUACAAGGACAUACCCUUAGUUCACACUGAAACCAAGACCAUCACAUACGAGUCAGCUCAGUUAUCUCUCCCACAGCCGGUGGACAGUGUGGCAGAGAGGGAGUCGGGAGUGCUGCUGAGUGCCCAGACGAUUACUUCUGAGACCAUCAGCACCACCACCACCACCCAGAUCACCAAGACGGUGAAAGGAGGGAUCUCUGAGACUCGCAUUGAAAAGAGAAUUGUCAUCACUGGGGACACAGAAAUAGAUCAUGACAAGGCUUUGGCCCAGGCCAUUAAAGAGGCAAAGGAGCAGCACCCAGAUAUGUCUGUCACCAAAGUGGUCGUGCAUCAGGAGACGGAGAUCACCCCAGAGUAAGACGGACUGAUCCUGUGGAAGCUACCCCCCACUCCACCCCAUUCCUCCUCGUAUCUCCAUCACACCAUUUUACCUCAGCGCACCCAGCAACCAUCAACGGGAACCACCAGACCUCAUCAGAGCGAACUAGCUUCAACAAUGACAAAUGAACUUGACUCCACGAGUGUGAAGUUUGGCCUGAAGGAGACAGAGUCACCAGAAAAUUCCCAAGAACCCUGCCAGUAUUCCCCACAAUCCCCCUCUUGUUCCAUUUACUGCCAAAAGAGCAGCUGCUGGAGUUAUGGAUGAAAAAUCAUCUUUUUUUAAAUAUGAAAAAGAAAUUAAAGAACAGCAUUUGUGGAUUUCUUCCUCUCCAAUUUGUGUGGAGAUUUUAAGAUAAAAUCAAGGGCAUUUGGUCUUUUACUCUUGAUAUAUUGGUAAUUUAUUUUUCUACAGCUUUUCUUACCAUCAGAAUUGGUUACCAGUAACUUGAAAAUCAAGUAUUUUGUAACAAUGUAUCCGAGCAGCAUUGACAAAGGGAUUGUGGGUGAUGUCACUUGGGAUUGUACACUUUGGGACUCGCAGGAUCCCUCUCAAAUUUUAGUGCAAGUUUGGUGUCAUUUCUUGUACAGUAAAUAUUUUAUUUUCCCUCUCGACGUAAAAAUAAUAUUUUUUCAAUUUGUGUAUAGGAAAAGAUUGAUUGUAUCAAACUAACGUGCGGGAAUUAAUCCUUUCAUCUGACAAAGUUCUGGCAUUUGUUCAGUGACACCUUUUGAUUGUUUAGUUGUGUUUUUGUGCUCGUGUUACCAAAACAGGGCUUCAUCAGGACCACAGAGAUCGUAGUGCACUGACAUGACUUUUAUUUAUUUCCACCUUUGUGCGUUUUGUGUUUUAGAUAUGAUUUUACAUGACAACGUUCCCCACAUCGUUAUAGUUUCUGCAUAACGUUUCUAAUUUUCCUCACAGUGGGCAGUGUGUACACUUAGCGCUGCUUUAAAGACAUCUGUGAAAUAUUGAAGUCGGUAAAGAGAAGAGCAAAACUUCAGCGUCUGUAUAUUUAGACUUUAUUAUAUAAAAUCUAUUGCAUCACAUUAAAAUGAUAGGAAUGGUUGACAUAUCUGACACUUAAUAAUACAGUAAAUUGGGAUAAUUUUCUGUUAUAAUUCAAAGAACAACACAAUACAGAUUAUCAGCUUAUUAUAACGGAACAACAGAAAGGGGACGAAUGUGGUGACAUUACACCAGUAAGGGGAAAAACACAGAGAGAAGAAAGUCGGCAUGUAAUGAAGCAACAAAAAGAAACGAGAUGAAAGAACAGAAUCAGCAGUGAUGAUGAAUUCUUCUCACACUGUCUAACUUCCAUAUGUCUGCAAUAAUAUUUGAACAGCAUGAUUAUGACAUGUGUACUUCCUGGAGGACAAAGCCGACCACGCCUGUACACACCGCCCACUGGAAGCAGAAACACAGUCACACUGCCACUCAGACAUUUGGGGACACUUUUUGAAAAAGAACGUGAUUUUUGUUUACCUCGAACAUAAAAUGACAACAAAUGACAACGAACAAUAAAGUGGGUAUACUAACACAACUAGAAAAGGGGUUUUGUUGCAAACCUAGCCUUAGCCUUUAUAACUGGGACCCCAGUUCACCCUGAACACGUCACGGUUCAACGACAUAAAUGUCCUUUCUACAGCUCUCAUUCAUUUGUGUCAUCCAGUGAGUUUUUGUUAACCUUAAAAUGUCCGGCAUCAAAUUAAUGAAAUACAGUCAAUAUUUUUACAGUUUAAAGAACAUUUCAGCGUGACUUUAGGCGUUUUAGCACCAGUGCACACUUUGCACUUUAUCUUCAAACGCCGGGCUUUUAGUUACAAGAUGCCCUUUAAGAUCCUCUCCAGUGUUUGUUGUUCUCACUGUAUCAUUAUGAUCACGGUACUCCUCCUCCUCUGUGUCAGCAGUCCACAUCUUAUUUUCUGUGUAUGUUUUCUUAGAUGUAACCCUCACAUGAUCAUCACACAAAAACAUGUAAAAAGCACCAUGCACUAAAUAAACACUGUUG